CGAGAAAUUUUUAUCGGCAGAAGUCAUUCCCCAGCUUUGCACCCUCAACUUUCCAUUCCCCUUACACCAUCGCAACAUCAUCCCAGUGCCCAAAAUGGUGAGCAGCAGUGACCCCGAGUACAGCCUCACGAUUCAGAAGAAGGCCAAGGAUGCCGCCGAGACCAUCCGGGCGCGCAGCUUGGUCAAAAGUGAUACGUGGGCACGCCCCCUCGCAACCGCGCCGUCCGCCGUCUGCACAAUGGCUGUCCUCCUCAGGAUAUCGGGCUCGUCCGCGGCUGCUGGCGUCCCCGUCAAGUCACGGGAUGUGAAGGGCGACAGGGGUGAAAGUAUCGGUACACUGCCCCACGAACUACUCUACGCAAACCUGGAAUCCUGCUCCAACCUCGGUCGAAGCGCGUUCACAGAUGCCCGCAGCGCCAUGAGCUAUAUCAACAUGGUUGCGAUGCAGAUGACCGAAAACAGGGGCAAGCUUGAAAGUAUCCUCCGCGCCAUCGACAAGGUAGAAGAUGAUGAUGAUGAAGACGAUGAUGACGACGACGCCUUGGUCGACGACAUCAAGGAUGUCAGGGAAAGCACGGAGAAAUGCCUGGAGGAGAUCAAGAAGCUCACUGGAUCUUUCCAGUACUGGUACUGGAUGAUUCAAUGCCUAAAGGAGAACGUUGCCGCCUGCCAAGGAGAAGAGAAAAAGAAAUCGAACGUAAAUGACGAGCAGCUGCAGAAGAACGCGGCCGAGAAGAAAAAGCUCGAGGAGAAGGACAAGUCCACAUCCGAAACCAUCAAGAAAUUGCAAGAGCAACUCAAGGACGCCGAGAAGAGAGUCUCCGAGGCCUCAGCCCACAUGCAAAAGCUGGAGGGCGUGAUGCCGGUUGUCACCGAGCCGAGCCAGGAGGAAGAGCAGAUCAACGCGGAGAAGAAGAUCGCCCAGCUCGAAAAAAAGAAGGGACUCAUUGAUCGAGCGAAGGAUUUAUUCAAGGGCGAGAGCAACAAGGAUUUCCAAGUCCGGACGGAACACCAGCGCGACGUCGAGCAGCGUCGGGACGAGCUCAUCGAGCGAGAAAGGAAGCAGAGAGAGUCGCAGAAGGAAGAGGCGCGGCGGGCCCUGGCAGAGGCACGCCUCCAUGAGAAAAAUCUCGGCGACAAGGUGACCCAGCUCAUCGCCGACAUCGGCAGGAACAAGGAGAAGCUGGUGUCGGCCGCGGCCAGCCUCGACAUUGCUGAAGCACAGUUCAAGCGCCUCGAGGAGGAGAAGUUUGACCUCGCCGGUAUUUUGGAGAUCUUGGAUGAGUCGAGUCGGGAACUGGGACGGCUGAGGACGCAGAUCCAGGAACUCGUCACGUUCUUCAAGGAUAUUCUCAGUCAAGUCAACCUGACGGUGCAGCAGGAUGUCGAGAAGGGAUUCCUCCAGCCGAUCGAAAAAAAACUGGCAUUCAACAAAGCUGGGGUCUUCCAAGGUGUGAAGUUGAGUAAGAGCGCGAAAUUGAAGGUCCACGACAGUGCCAUCAACAUCCAGGGCAGCUUCUGCGCCAUCGGGGACAUCACGAGCGUCUAUGUCCUGGCCUCGGAUCGCUAUAUCAUCCCGGCCAUCAAUAUGAUGGGGGCCCUUUCUGACGCCAAGGAACAAGACUUGCACGACCAAAAAGAAGAAUUCACGAGCUGGUGCCGCAAGUCCAUGCAAGAAAUCCAGCUUUUGACCAGUGAAACUGACGAGAAGAUGCUGCCGCGUAUGACUGAGCGUCUCCAGUACCUGCAACUGGCCGUAAAGCCCGCUCACUGAGGCAGAUGUGCCCACAUCACACAGUUGUUUGGGAAGGAGGAGGAAGGGGGAGGAUACCAUAUCGAUUUUGCAUCGUGGCCAGUGUAGUUGUCGUGUUUUCUUUUUAUCUUUUUUUUUUUUGGG